AUGUUAGAAUCUAAUUAUCCCCGAACAAAUAGACCUCUACCCAAGAAUGCUACCUCGCUGGAAAAGAGCAAGUAUUUUUUGUGUAAAAAAGUGUUAGUUUAUAAGCAAGAGAAUAAUUUGUCGGUAGAAAAAUUAGCCAAACAAAUUAAUUUAACUGUUCCCGAAGUAGAAGACAUCUUGUUUGCUCGUAUAGAUAAUUUUACCUUAGAUAGAUUAGUGGUUUAUGCUAAUAAUCUCUUUCCCUUUCACCUAACCAUUCAUGAAGAAAAUUUUACUCCUCCUCGCAAAACUUCCAAUGUGUCAUUUUGA